CUUCCAGGAUCGGUCACUCGGAGACUCCGCCCCCUAUUUCUUCCGGGCUGCUAGAGACACAGCUGAGCGGUGCGUUUGCGGGCUGCUGGGCAAGGCUGUUGCGCUCAGAUUCCAAAUGAAAAUGUUUGAGAGCAUUGACUCUACAGCCACAAAAUCUGGCCCGGAUCUUUGGGCUGAAAUCUGUUCCUGUCUGCCAAAUCCCGACCAAGAGGAUGGUGCCAGCAAUGCCUUCUCAGACUCCUUUCUAGAUUCUUACCCUGCAGGCACAGACCAGAAGGAGGCCCCAGACUUUGCUGCUCAGCCAGAUACAAAGCCUUGGGCUCCCUUGCAGGACUCCGAAGUGUAUUUAGCAUCUCUAGAGAAGAAACUGAGAAGAAUCAAAGGUUUAAAUCAGGAAGUGACCUCUAAGGACAUGCUUCGAACCCUGGCCCAAGCCAAGAAGGAAUGCUGGGAUCGAUUCCUCCAGGAAAAGUUAGCAUCAGAGUUCUUUGUGGAUGGACUUGAUUCUGAUGAGAGCACCUUGGAACAUUUCAAGAGGUGGCUCCAGCCAGAUAAAGUAGCCAUCAGUACAGAGGAGGUCCAGUAUCUGAUUCCUCCAGAGUCACAAGUUGAGAAGCCAGUGGCUGGGGAUGAGCCAGCGGCAGCGGAACAAUAAAUUACAUACACACACACACACACACAGACACACACACACAAACACACACGCUGAGCAGCUGUCUCCGGUCCACAGGGAGCAGUGGAGAGCUCAGCGACAGCCGCAGCAGCAAGGAGAAAUCUAAGGAGGGAAAAGCCCAACCUUCUGCUCCCCAAAGUAAACAGCUGCGGGGCCCCUGAGGACUUGCUUGGGGCUGGCAUGUGUGACUGUCUUGGAUGAAGUGACUUUGACACAGAAUGCACUGGAUCAAAAUCCUGCUUUCCUGUAUGUCCCACAGCUUGUCUGAGUUCCGGUGCUGCAGAUGAGAAGUCUGCUAAGAAUCUAGUGAAGGACCCAAAUGUAUUUGGAGACUGAUGCCCUUGUGUAUAAUGUACGUGUAUAAGUUAAGUGAGCCAUAUUUUUCCUUGCCUCUUCUGGGUCUUCCUGCCUGUGUCCCAAGCAUUCCCUUGGUAAAAUUGUCAGGGGUGAGUGUGGCCAAGGAGAGUGAAGUCUGCCUUGAAUCCAAGCCCCAUUCCGGGCUUCUCUAACAAGUCCAUAAUAAAUAUAGGGACUUUAAGAAAAGAGCCUGGGCUUUUCCUUCACCUGAUUUGUUCCUUGUGGGGGAAAUGGAUGAAAGAAGUGUGAAACGGUGGGUGUUUGUGUGUGUAUGUUUGUGUGUAUAUGUUUUUUAUUUCAUGCAUAGUUUCUCCCCUAACUUCUUCCUGCACUUAUUAAAAUGGGCUAAAUUUCAAAUGAGACCUGCAAAUAUGGUGCUAGAAUUUGACAGGACUGCUAAAGAGUUCCUUGCUUGCUCCUUGUAGCAGCUUUCCUGGCUGAGUCUGUGCUUCCCUCCUUGUGUAUGGUGUUC